AUGGUAGAGCACGCAGCAAACAUGGUACGGGCUAGAUCCUUGUCUCUGAGUCAAGCUGCAAAGAUGUACAAGAUUCCGAAAACUACGCUCCAUGAUCGUGUUAAUAGCAAAUACACAAGCGAUCGAAUCGGUGCCAAGACUGUCCUUAAACCAGAUGAAGAGCAGCGUAUUGCAGACUGGGCCCUGCACAUGAGUCGUAUAGGAUAUGGUAGAACGCGCCAGGAACUUACAGGAGUUGUGAAGAAAAUCCUUGACGCCGAUGGUAGGCAAACAUGCUUUGUUGAUAAUAGACCUGGCAGGCAAUGGCUUCGAAGUUUUUUUAAUCGUCACCCGGAGUUGACAGUGCGAACCACGAUACAGUUGGGCAAGGAGCGGGCUAUAAUUAACAAAGAGAAAAUUGCUCGCUGGUUUUCAGACUUUGAAGCCUAUAUUUGUUCUGAGGUGAAAGAUCCUACUUUACUUACAGACCCUACGAGAAUCUAUAACGCCGACGAGAGCGGUUUUUCACUUUGUCCAAGUAAAGGCAGCAAGGUGGUAGGAAGCAAAGGGGCCCCUGUUGUCUAUCACUACGGUAAUUCAGAUAAGACACAGAUGACUAUUAUGGCUGCAGCAAGUGCAGCAGGACAUUUUGUUCAGCCUAUGAUAAUUUAUCCAGGGCAACGUUUCGCAUAUAAUCCGCUUGAAGGUUUUGAGGAUGCAGCAUUUGGUAGAUCAGAAAACGGCUGGAUGGAUUCAGAAGUUUUCAUUUCCUGGCUAAGAAAUGUUUUUAUUCCAUCCAUAGAAUCCCGCCAUGUACGCAAACCUGUCCUACUGCUUAUCGAUGGCCAUAAAACACACGUAUCCAUGGAGGCUUCUGACACAUGUUUAGCAAAUGGUGUAGAACUUUAUUGUUUACUUGAACAUUCCUCGCACAUUAUGCAACCAUUAGAUCUACGCUUUUUUGCAACACUCAAGUCCUCUAGGCGACAAUCUGUGCGCGACUGGCAGACAGAAAAUGUAGGCGAAUUUGUUACAAAGCAAACGUUCGCAAAAGUAUUCAAACAGGCAUGGGUGUCAAGCGCAACUGUAGACGCUGCUGUCAAAGGUUUUCUUGAAGCAGGUCUUUUUCCCUUAGAUCCAAGUCGCGUUACUGGCUCAGUUAAAUUAGAACCAAGUCAAGUUUUUACAUCUCCUAGCAUGGAUGUUCCUGUUGUUAAUUCUGCUUCAAAACCCUUAUCUGUGUCGGACACGCCUCCAUCAGAGACAACAAGUAGAACACUCAAUGAAGACCCUGACGCAGCAGAUGCAGCCGUUGAGUCAGUCAAUUCAGUUCCUUUAGCUUUAGCUGCCACUGAGACGAUAGACGAGCAGGUAUCAUCUCCCAUGAAAAUGACUGCUGAGAAACCAUCUUCAACUUCUACAGAAGCUGCAUCUCCGUUUUCAAAGUUUCUGACUAUUCCAAGUUUAAAAGUCAGUAAGCCAAAUGUCCGUAGAGUGUUGAUGCCGAAGGCAAUAACCGGAUUGAAAUAUCGUCAGCUUCUUAAAGAAAAACAAGAACUCAAGGCAAAAUUGGAAGAAGAAAAAAAUAAAAGAAAGGAACAAAGAAUACAAAAGAAACUACAGAGAGAGGAAGAAAGAAAACGAAAACGUGAGCAACAAGCAAAAAAGCGCGAACAAAGACAGCAAGCAGAACAGAAAAGAAGGGAAAGAAUGCAGGAAAAAAAACGCAAUAAACGAGCUUUAGAAGAACAAAUAAUGAAGGAAAUAGAGGCGUCUGACAGCGACGAUGCUGCACCGAUACAAUCUGACAAAUGUUACGCUUGUGAGCAACCCUAUGGCGACGGUUUCAUACAAUGUACAAAUUGUGCCCGAAGAUUUCACGUUACUUGUGUAGAAGCAGAUUUAAUAUGCGAAGCCGAUGAGUUGCCAUUCGAAUGCAAAUAUUGCUAA